AUGUCCAUCAUGGAGAGCAAGGAUGAGAUCAGCGACACAGACAGCGGCAUCAUCCUGCAGUCUGGUCCUGACAGCCCAAUUUCCCCAAUGAAGGAGUUGACCCAUGCAAUGCGGAAGCAGCAAAGAGCCCUGGAAGAACGUUUAGAAUUAUGUCUGGAAGAGUUAAAGAAACUCUGUCUUCGAGAAGCAGAGUUGACAGGCACACUGCCACAGGAGUAUCCCCUCAAACCAGGAGAAAAAGCCCCCAAGGUUCGUCGAAGGAUUGGAGCAGCUUACAAACUGGAUGAACAGACCUUCCAAAGAGAGGAUCCUCUGAGCAGUCUGGAGCAGGAGCUGGCGCUACAGCUGCAAAUCGCAGAGGCAGCCCGUCAUCUGUACAAAGAGGAGAACCUCACCAAGCAGAUCCGACGGCGGAGGAAGCAUGCGGUGCUACAGGAGGAGAAGAAGCUCCGGGAACUAGAACACAGCCUCAAUGAACGGAGGCUAAGCAGUGGAUGUGCACCCCUUACCCCUGCCACCGUGCUCAGGGGAGAUCUGAGCACUUCUGAUGACAGCUCCCUGUCAGAUGCAGUGCUAUUGGAAGAAGAAGAAAUUCAGUUGCCAAAACCUGCUCCAGAGUCCCCAGCACCACCCACCAGGUCACUCCCAUCCCAGCGGCUUGAGGGGUUGAAGCCAGCAGGCCCUGAGGCUGGGGGUCCAGAACGCUCUCCAAUCCAGAAUAGCCCCUGGAAGGAAACUAGCUUGGAUCAUCCCUAUGAGAAACCCAAGAAACCUCCUUCGGAACUUGAUAGCGAGCCCAGCAGCCCAGCCACAACACCCCAGGAUGGGCCCAGCACCAUCAGCCCCUGGGUGCUGGAAGCAGCCACAUAUGUGGUCCCACUCCGAAAUGUUCCUGGACAAAUUCAAGGCCGGGCAAGUGCCCCUGCUACCCCAGAGAUUCCAGGCAGACGGGGUCAAUCUCAGUCUCUAAGGGUAGAUUCCUUCCGUGUGUGCCCCGAAGGCCGUGGCCGGAGUGCCAUCCCUCGCCGGCGUCCCACACAUUAUACAGUGACUGUGCCUGACUCUUGCUUUCCUUCAGCAAAGCACCCCCUGCCCCACCCUGCCUACCACUCUGGUUCUGAAGACAGCAGCUCUGAUGUCUCCAGCAUUUCUUAUGCCACAUCUCCAGGUAGCAGCAGCCCAGAUAUCUUCUUGAGGCCCAUGUCCCCAUCUGACCAGCUUUGCUCCCGGAGCACCCGGGUCUCUGCUGAUGGACGUGAGCUGGCAGCUUAUUACCCUAAACUGCUGCUCCCAUCUGGAUAUUUCUCAGCAGGGAGGUAUGUAAUGGUGGCUGAAAGGCAACAAUUACCUCCUGGAUGGGAGCUUUGCCGCCUGGGACCUGGCACUGUCUAUGAUGAAGAUGGAGCACCUCUGCGCUACCAUCGACUAGUACCCUCUCACAGCCGGAUUGUGAGAACACCUUCCUUGAAGGACAGCCCUGCAGGUCGGGGACUCAGCAAGGCAGCUGUGUCAGAGGAACUCAAGUGGUGGCACGAGCGGGCACGGUUACGGAGUGCCCGGCCACAUUCACUAGACCGACAAGGGGCGUUCCGCAUGAGAAGCCUCCCUCCAGGCAGAGAGGCCUUUGGGAGACCCAUGGGACGAACACAGAUGCCCAUGGUCCAUGUGCUGAGGAGGACAUCUGAUGGAACUCCUAUGCAAGUUUAUGUACCAGAGAAUGGAGAGAUCAUCAGCCAAGUGUAAUUCUAUGGCUCCUGCUAUUAUGGUUAUGGAGUGCCGCCACCUCUCACUGCUGGGAAGACUUUGGUUCAUUAAAGGGGUGCCCUGAACUUUGGGGUUGGCUAGAUGGGAUAAGCCUCAGCCUGUACCCUGAGCCCAACCCUGGCACCUCUCCCCAACUCCCCUACUCUCAUCGCAGGUCGAUGAGCACAAGCUCAGACUUUCUCUGAUUUUAGUUCAGGAAGCCUGGUCUGAAAUUUUAUACUUCUGUGUUAUUCUCAAAGAUGCCAUUAUGUUGUUCUGCUUUCUCCCGUCUGACCCUAUGUCUGUUUGUUAGCAUGUUUGGUUAUCUCAGUCAGGAGUGAUGUUGGGGUUUUGGCCCAAAGCCCCCUAUGUUAUGGUUGUUUAAGAGACUGUCAGCAGAGGCCAACCAUACCCAUGUCCCUGUGUGUUAGAGGCCAGGGAUCUCUAACACCUCUGGGAUCUGGGGGAGGUUUGGGGUUACAAGUAUCUACAAAUCCCCAUGUCUCUUCAGGACUCAUCCUGAUAGGGAUGAUAUCUUUGCUUUUGUUCUCUUAGUAAUGUGCUCUGUGAUGCACAGCCCAAGUGAUGGCUUCCUUAGCCCACAGAUACAUGUAGAGGAAUAAUUUCUCAUCAUUUAACCUGGUAGGAAGAAAGGACAAUAAAAUGCAGCUGGUGUUUGGCAAAUUCUCCAGACUCAGCUUCCUACUUCCCACUUUCUCUCUCUACCUCCCACCAUGGAGCUCAGUGAUGUUACUUUCUCCAGGCUGUAAGAUCUCAGUUUUGGCUAGUAGUGGUGAUUGGAUUUCAGAGCACUCACUGCAUUUGGAACUGUCCAUUGAGAAGAGGAAAGUCUGGGUAUCCAAAUCUAGGGAUUCCCUCAUGGUUCUUGAUGGAUGUUGACUUUGCUGGGAGAGAGGAUCUAGGUUGAUUGCUCCAACCACUAUGGGGAAAGGGAGCAAGCCUAACACCUUCUGCUGCUGCCCCCAACAGAAAGCUGUGGAACCUUUCCCAGAAUAUGGGAGCUGGGAAAGAAGUCUUAGUGAUAGGAGAGGAGAGGAAUGCUUUCUACCUGGCAGCAACCAGGCCUUGGUUCCCACUAGGUUGCUAGAAUUUUGGUAGAUGACUAAGAAUGUAAUAGAGAUCCCAGGACCUGGAUGCUAUAUUGGAGAGGGGCAUUAGGAUCUCAGCAGGAAAAAAAGGGGUUUCCACCUAGUUACUCUAAGGGAAGAGGGGAAGCAGUGGCCAGAAGGAUGAGCUCUAUGAUUUCCUGAUUCAUUUUGGUGCCAACUUGUUCCUUCUCUGCUUCUCUUCACUGGGUUCUGAUUAUUAUCCUUAACUUUGGGCCUCUUUUCUAGUCUUCAGACUCCAUCUUUCCCACAUUUUCAGAAACUUACCACUCCUCAUUCCUCAUUAAAAAAAGAAAUCACUUCAUAGGCUCUAUUCUGUUCUCACCCUGAAAUGUCUCUUUCCUACUCCUGUUGCUCCCAUAGCUGAACCAGGCUGGUUUCAGGAACCUCCCUACCCCAGAAUCCUUUGCUAUUUGUUAACUUAUUGGUUGUGCAUAGCCCCUGACAACAUCAUAAAGUGGCCCUGUCCCCAGCUGCAGGGCCGGAACUGUAUGGGGUAUAGUGUCAAAUUCUUCUUAAUAAAAUGUACUC